AUGUGGGACAGGCCCUUUUGCUACGAUAGUCACAUGCGUCUAAUUUCUCAAAUUUCUGCAACCCAUGGCCAUGUUCCUGCUGACGAAAACAUUGACGCCGACUCUCUUUUCGUUGACAUCAAAAACGAUCUUAAGCACAUUAUACAUACUGUUGACAAUGCCUUACUGGGCGGCCAGGAACACCCGGAGAACCUGGAGCUAAAUGUGUCCAAAGACAGCUUCGAUCCACUAUUAUGCAGACUUGGACUCCGGCAACUUUCCUCUGAGAUGGCAUGCAAGGCUCUAUGUGCGGAAACUGCACACAAAAGAACUAUUUUAAUACUUAACAAACUCUCGAGCUAUUCCUGGGAAGCUAAGGCGGUGCUGGCACUUGCAGCUUUUGCUUUGAAUUACAAGUAUUUCUCGGUUCCUGCCCAGCUUCACUCAUCGCGCCAAGUGGAGAUCCCAAAACAUGUACCUGCGACCUUAAAGCAUCUAGAUCUCCCAAAAUGUAAGGAAACAAUUAGUGAACUUAACACAAUGAUCAAUGAUGUGUUGGACUUCUCGGAGUCCGUCUUUGAGUUGAAGAAGCUAUCUACUAACAACUACAUAGAGGAUAAGCCAUGCUCAUAUAUCCUGGGCCGUAUCUCGUUUUGUGUCUACGGGAUUAUCAUUUCUGUUGUAGCUUGCACAACUCAGAUGUGUUGUCUCACCAGUGAUGAGUAAGUUCUUGUGUACUAUGUAUGCUCAAAUUCUUUGCGUAGAAAUCCUUGCCAUACCACAUUUAUGAGACUUGUUGUAAUGCAAUUGCUUAUUGGCCAAUUCAUAGGUACUAUACACCAG